GCUUCCUACUUUACGGCAGCAUGGCAAACUUGCAGCAUGAGGAAGAUAAUCCCAAGCAUGCAAAAAUGUCAACAGUAAUAUCUACAUCGGCGCAGUCAGUUCCCUUGAACAAUACACCCAGUGCGUUUAAAGACAGAGCCGAUAUUACCUGUUUGAUACCAACUUUCGCAGAUGCCUGCAAACUUGUUAAUACCCCAUACUCUUGCCUGGUGCUCGACACACACAGAAGACACGUUGCCCUGCCACCUAUGUAUUUGAAAAAGAAGAACACGGGGAUACAGGAGGAACUAAACGCAGAGCUUCUGAAGUAUUGCGAAAAGUUGAAGGGAGUACCUCUUGCUUUUGACAACAUAAAGCUAUUGGGACAACUUGGGGACAUAUUCGACGACCAAGGAUACAUUCACUUGAACAUCGAAGCUUCGUUUGUCGUCUUUAAACCCAAGAAAGGGCAAAAGCUUGAGGGAGUGAUCAACAAGAUUGGCCUGACACAUGUGGGCUGCUUGGUGCACAGCUGUUUCAAUGCCUCCAUCCUCAAGCCCAAAGAGAUGACCUCGGAGAUGUGGCGAUAUUCUGGGUUGGCCAUUGGAGGAAGUCUGGAGUUUGAGGUGUUCCAGUUGGAUUCAGAUGCUGCGGGGGUCCUUCUCAUUCGUGGCAGACUUGAUAAGUCCUGGUGUGAGGAGAAGCUAAAGCAAACUGAUGCUGUCAUAGAUGAUGCGGCAGCAGAACUCACAACGCCAGCUGACCGCACUGGCGCCCAGGCUGCACUGGAUGGGGUCGGUGGCGUACAAACGCAAAAGAAAAAGAAGAAAAAAGACAAAAGCAAAGACGAAGAGGCACAAGAGGACUCCAAUGCCCAGCUAGACAGCAGUGUUGACACAGAGCUCACUGACCUGAACUCAAAUGGUCAUGUUGAGAAGAAGAAGAAGAAGAAGAAGAACAAGAACAAGAGUCAGGAGAUGAAGAUGGAGGUGGAUGAGAUGGUACCCGUCACAGAACUUCCUGGUAGUGACUCCAGUGGUUACCUUAGUGACAAAAGCAACAGGAAAAGGAAGGAGUCUGAUGAAGCAAAUGACAUUAAUGGUGCUUCAGAAAAGCCUGUAGCUAAAAAGAAAAAGAACAAGUGAAAAAAACAUUUUAAUGGACAUGCAUUUUCCAACUGUCACAUCAUCUUGGUGCACUCAUUUUGAAAUGAUUCUUCAAACCAAUGAAAGAAGUGCCUCAUAAAUAUUGAAUCAAAUACAAUAAAGUAUUUUCCCUA